UCCCCGGGGCGGGGCCGCGCCCGCCGUGAUGGCGUCGGUGGCGCCGGGGCCGGGCCCCUCGCGGCGCCGCUGAGCCCAUGGCGAGCCCGGCGCGGCCCCCGCCGCCGUCCCCGGGCGCCGGCGCCGAGAGCCCCGCGGGGGCCGCGCCGGGCAGCCCCGACUCCCCCGAGUCCUUGUCCAGCCCGCCCUCGGGCUGCCCCAGCGGCUCCGAGCUCAACAGCGACGUCGAGGAGGCGGCGGAGCGGCCCGGCGCGCCCCGGGAGCGCUUCCCCGGGCAGUCCGUGUACCACAUCAAAUGGGUGCGCUGGAAGGAGGAGAACACGCCCGUCAUCACCCAGAACGAGAACGGCCCCUGCCCGCUGCUGGCCAUCAUGAACGUGCUGCUGCUGGCCUGGAAGAUUAAGCUGCCACCAAUGAUGGAAAUCAUAACGGCUGAACAGCUGAUGGAAUACUUAGGAGACUAUAUUCUUGAUGCAAAACCUAAAGAGAUUUCUGAAAUUCAGCGUCUAAAUUAUGAGCAGAAUAUGAGUGAUGCUAUGGCGAUUCUACACAAGUUACAGACAGGUCUGGAUGUCAACGUGAAGUUUACAGGUGUACGAGUGUUUGAAUACACACCUGAAUGCAUAGUGUUUGAUCUUCUUGAUAUCCCCUUGUACCACGGAUGGUUAGUGGACCCUCAGGUUGCUGACAUAGUAAAAGCAGUUGGUAACUGCAGUUACAAUCAACUAGUGGAGAAGAUCAUUUCUUGUAAACAAUCAGACAACAGUGAGCUGGUUAGCGAAGGAUUUGUAGCUGAGCAGUUUCUAAAUAACACAGCUACACAGUUGACAUACCAUGGACUGUGUGAGUUGACUUCAGCUGUCCAGGAGGGAGAGCUUUGCGUGUUCUUCAGGAACAACCAUUUUAGCACCAUGACCAAAUAUAAGGGUCAGCUUUACCUGCUGGUGACAGACCAGGGCUUUCUUACGGAAGAGAAAGUUGUCUGGGAGAGCUUACACAACGUGGAUGGUGAUGGAAAUUUCUGUGAUUCUGAAUUCCACCUACGGCCUCCAUCAGACCCCGAAACUGUCUACAGAGGGCAGCAGGAUCAGAUAGAUCAAGAUUAUCUGAUGGCAUUGUCUCUACAACAAGAGCAGCAAAAUCAAGAGAUCAACUGGGAACAGAUCCCAGAAGGCAUCAGUGAUCUAGAACUAGCGAAGAAGCUCCAGGAAGAGGAGGACAGGAGAGCUUCUCAGUACUAUCAGGAACAAGAACAAGCAGCUGCUCAGGUCCAGCAGGUGCAAGGUGCUGCUUCUCCAGCAAGUGGAAGACAAUCUGGGAGCAAUGAGCGCAAACGUAAAGAGCCUCGCGAGAAAGAGAAAGAAAAAGAGAAGAAUAGCUGUGUUCUCUUGUAAUAGAAAAUGGAUUUAGUCUGGAGCCAAGCGCAUGUCCUCAGAAGCAAAAACAAGGAGUGAGAAGGAAGACAAACCUGUUACAUGCCGCCUGUGCCUGAUUACCCCAUGGAUUUUGUUCACGUUUCAAGAGAGGAUGGGUGACUUUGUAACAAUCAUACAGACUUUCUUCAAAGUCAUAGUGCGUGCUGCUCAAGAUGGAAUCCCAAAUCACAGUUGGAUGCGGCUGUGCUUUGAGUUAGUCAUAAGAAAUACUGCACCUUGUAGCUGAACACACAAAUCAUGGCAAGUUUUGUGUCAUAGUGACAUCCAUUACCCAUUACAUCAGUUAGUAAGCUAUUUUAUCUUCUACUCUAAACAAAGGAGGUAAUUUGUUUUGUGUAAGACUUUUUUUCCUGAAGUCUCUACACUAGCACAACAGAAUUCUGUGUUACUUACAUGGUAUGAAAUUAUCUUAGGCUGGGUAUAGUCUUAAUGACACAAGAGCCCAAAUAACAGCUGGGCACUGCCUCCGCAAUGUGUCCAGGAUUCUUUGCUUCUGGAUCUGGUCUGUUUGGUUUUUUGAACCCAGAUUUAUACUGUCUUACUGCUAGCGUUGCGCCUCCUGGCCAGCUUUCUUGCCCCAAGAAUAUGUGACUCAAUAGACAUCGUACAAAAAGUUGGCACCGAAAAUGGGGCAUUUAUUAAUAAGCAAGAUGAAUAUUGUUUGCUUUUCUUGCCAUUACAAACUGGGUAUGGCAACUCAGAUGUUAUCAGGGUUAAAAAAGUAAUUUUAUAGGUAACUCCUUUUUCUUUUAGUAUUUUUUCUCUUGUAGGUAAACUGGACCAGAUAAGUUCUUAUUUAUUGACCUCUCCAUAUGAUAGGUGAAUUGCGAGAGGAAACUAAGGUCUAUAAUAAUCAUUAUUUUAUGUAAGAAUGAGAGUUAAAAUAACUAACUAUCUGCCUUUUUUCCAGAAGUACCUUGAACUUUAACACGACGUUAACGUGUCCACUUGUGUAUUUAAGCAAGUGUACUGUAGUUAAAAACACACGUUUUUGUUUGUUUUGUAAAUCACGUAUCCUUAAAAAGCACACUUGGGAAGGGGGAGAGAGGAGCUAGGCUGCUCUCUGAGAUCGUUUGGAAAGGUGGUCAGAUGUAAUAUUUUGUUUUUUAAAUCACUAAUUUAGAAUUUUUGGAAACCAGAUUUUUCUAAUUUAUGGGAACCAAAUAAACACGUCGCGUCUUGUAGUAUUUAUAGAACACAGAAACAGAAUUCUUGCUGAAUUUUGAGGGAACCACAGAUCUUCCUCCACUCCCAUUAGGUCAAUAACAAUCACCUUGCCGAAACUUUUUGAUAAAAAAUUUCUAUUUAGUAAUUUGUAGCUACUUCUGAACAGGCUGCUUCUCCUGGCCAAGUUACCUAUUCCUGCCCUAAGCCUGGGUAAGCGUGUUAGUGUUCGAUAGGUGGGCAAAGCUAAAGCAGCCAGGUGGAAAGGCAUUCCUUGUUUCUGGUAUUGAGAGGAAGUAUAAAGACAGAGGGGGUUUAAUCACGAGUCCACUGGGAAAAAGCUGCUUCCAAUUUCUUUCACGCAGACUUGCUGCAGUGGUGGGAACCGGUCAUCGCCAAAAUCUCUUGCAAACUCAGAAUGACAAUGAGAUGGGUACAGGAAGAAUGUCUUAGUUAACUAAAGGGCCAGUUUGUAUCACUUUUUUCUUCCAUGCCUUUUUCUCUUCUGUGUUUUUCCACUUUUGUUACGAUUUCACUUUUAUUAUAAAGAAGUAACGAAGGCUGGGAGGUCUCUAAUACAAGAAGUGUAAAUUUUAAAAUGGCUCUAUUCUCUAGAAAAGUUAUGCCCAGAAAAGUAAUUUUAAUCCUUAAUGUAUGCAGUUCAGAUAACUUUCUGUGUCAAAGCAAAGGUUGACAUCUUUUUUCCUUUGCAGCAGCCUAACUUCUUCAACCAAACUAAUGUGAUGGAGGAUCGCCAAUAUAAUGACGUACCUACUUUAAGCAGAUCAGAAAAUAUUCCAGUAGUGUCAAUAACAAAGACUUUAAGCCAGAAUGUUGUUUAAAAACAUUCUGUUACUAAGAUUUUUUCCAAGUUUGUGUAUUUACAUUUAUUUAUUGACCUUGAAAAAUAAAUAUGUCAAACUAAGUGGUUGUUAUCUUAUUAUUUUCAGUGACAGUAUUGCCACUUCAAAUGCCUUUUUGAACAAACAGUUCGGGAGCAGGCAUUGUGACUCCUAAAUGUAUCUUUUUUUGCCGAAGAUACUUGCUCAUAUUAGAAGAAUUUGUGUAAUAUUCCCAGUUUCGGACAGAUGUGCCUGAACCCUGACAUUCCGCAGUUAUAAUAUUGUCAUGUGGUCACAAAGGAAGAAGAGUUAAAUGUCGAUGCUCAUCACAAAGUCUGAACUCCCAGAUAAUUCUCUUUCAAUAAAACGAGUAGAGGGUUUCGGUUUAGAUCAGGUGGCAGGUGUGCUAUUAAAGCAGUUUUCUGUUAAUAUCCUUUUUUUCUUUACAGGUCUUGAAGUUUUGGAAAACAGGUAAAGAAUUCCUGCAACCGAGGGUGUUCCUGCACGGGUUGAGCUUGUUAGUGGCAGAAGUUGUAAGCAGACGAGCUUGUCAGUCCCCAAACGAAACACAGCGUGAACCUUGAUUUAUACCCUCCUGUGACAAACCAUUCCAAAAGCAACCGGCACAGCGGGUAUUAAUGACAGCGUCUGAUUGUCAAAAAGCUGAACUGAAUUGCUUUUAUCAGUAAUAGAGAGCGUGGAAAACAAUAUUACAGAGUAUUAAUGGAGUACCCAGAAAGAUGAUGUCUACUUUGGGCUAUUUCCUCCAUUUGCCUCUUCGAAGCUUAUGUUCUGGUGACACAUUUAUACCGUUAAUCUGUUUAUACAAUUUAGCAGGAACCUUCUCCAAAUACCUCCGUAAUAGAUAUGAAAGCGUCCAGAAAAGUAGAGUAGAGCUUGUUUUCCACUAGAUAAAAGCUACCACAGAAAAAAGAAUCAUAGAUUUCUUUUGUUGUUGCAUUGUAGUUGUGAAAUGAAACAGGUAAAUACAAGUGUUCUUAAAAUUAGCAAAAAACAGCACCGCCAUAGCGAUAAGUUUUCUAAAAGGCACUUUGUACGUGCUCGAACAGACACUGGUGGACUCCGAGACCCAACAAAGCGGAUCCAAGGUAGAUUGUAACACCGGAGGAUGAAACCAGCAUUACUGAAAAUACACUUAAACACGUCAAAAUACCUUUUGUAGCCACCCGUCGAGCUAAUCUAAUAAAGUUUGUGUUCAUAUUGUCUUUACAGAGCUCUUCUUGUGGAUCGCAGCCACACGAGCUAGAAGUGAAGCGUAUGCUCGCUUGUGUGCACUGGCCCUGGAUUGCCCACCAGCCUCCCAGCGCUCCUUUGAGAUCUCACUUUGUCAGAUGUUUCUCCAGACUUGUUCACACAAGUUCUUGGAAAAAAAAAAUCAA